CAGGAAUCCUUGCAGCUCUGUGAUUGGCCUGUGGGGGCUUGGGCUAAGUCCCUGCCAAGAUACCAAAAGACUGCGGAGGUGGGCAAGGACCUCAGGCCCCCAGACUAGCAAUCUACAAACACUAGUCAUGACUACACAGUUAAGGGUCAUCUAUCUGCUUCCCCUUCUCCUAGCCUGCUUUGUACAAACAAGUGCCAAGCAGGAGAAGAUGAAGAUGGAUUGCCACAAAGAUGAGAAAGCCACCAUCUAUGACUAUGAGGCCAUCGCACUUAAUAAGAAUGAAUAUGUUUCCUUCAAGCAGUAUGUGGGCAAGCACAUCCUUUUCGUCAACGUGGCCACCUACUGUGGUCUGACAGCGCAAUAUCCUGAACUAAAUGCACUCCAGGAGGAGCUGAAGCCCUAUGGUCUAGUUGUGCUGGGCUUUCCCUGCAACCAAUUUGGAAAGCAAGAACCAGGAGAUAACAAAGAGAUUCUUCCUGGGCUCAAGUAUGUCCGUCCAGGGGGAGGAUUUGUACCUAAUUUCCAGCUUUUUGAGAAAGGUGAUGUGAAUGGUGAAAAAGAACAGAAAGUCUUCAGCUUCUUGAAGCACUCCUGUCCUCAUCCCUCUGAGAUUUUGGGCACAUUCAAAUCUAUAUCCUGGGACCCUGUAAAGGUCCAUGACAUCCGUUGGAACUUUGAAAAGUUCCUGGUGGGGCCUGAUGGAAUCCCUGUCAUGCGCUGGUCCCACCGGGCUACGGUCAGCUCAGUGAAGACAGACAUCCUGGCGUACUUGAAGCAAUUCAAAACCAAAUAGGAAGGUGGAGUUAAGGGCAGGAGCAAUCCUACUUCUCACCUAAUGACUUGCUCCCCCCUUCCCCCCCAAAAAGGAAUAUCCAUCUUCUCACCACACUCUCUUCCUGCGUGGGCUCCACCUGAGUAAAUCACCUCCACAUACUGCCAGAGUUCCCACUCUCCACAAACUAGAUUUAUAUUUGGAAGGCUACUGCUCUUUUGCCUCUCAAGAGUAUGUGGGUGAAGACUGAAAAAAAUGGAAACCUAAGAUCCCCAGACCUCCGUAACAGGUUGAAUCAUUCAUAUCCACCAGACAGAAACCAUCCUUCCACGACAAUGGUUCAGUUGGCCAUCACAUCCUGAAGAAGAACAUUCCUAGACAUUCUGACUCUUCCAUCUCUCUCCACCCUGGAGGUGUAGAAAUAGCAAUGGGGUCAUAGUCACACAAUUUAGGUGUGCCUAUUACAUUUUUUGUCUCCUAGGACAAACAUGUAUCAUCAGUUUCCAACUGUUUUGGCUCUGUUUUCAUCCAUGACACCUCCCCCCACCAUCCAUUCUCCUGUGGGAGCAAGAACAUUGCUUCACAAGAAGAGAGGCCCAUCUCCAUGCUGGUGGAACCCAGAACCUGUCUCUGGCCCUACAAAAGUUUUCCUUAUUGUCUGAUCUUUAGUGCAUUCGGGUUAUGGCACCUGGACAGGAAUGCCCUUCAUCUUUUGAAGGAUGGGAUUUCCCAUCUCAACCCUGGAUUCCUCAUCUCAACCCUGGAUUCCUCAUCUUCAGAAUGAGCCCUGCCACCGUCUCCAAUAAAAUGUUUUCUGCAGCAUCGACAA